AAAGCGACUACGGGACACUAUAAAUAAGUACGACCAAUAAUUUUUAAACCUUCGCAGGAGAAUAAAUCCAGCGGGGCGAUUAAAUCCCUCGGAGCCGAAGAAGGACAUCGUAAGAAGGCGAGGAUCAAAGCAGCAUGGUUACCACAAAGGGAGCGGGUCUGAAUCCCAAUGCUAAAGUGUGGCAGGAGGUCCCUGCCCACCAGAAUGACAUCUCAGAGGGGCCAGAGGAUUCUCCUUGGCUGCAGGCCUACCCUCCUCCCACUGAGAUGACCAAUGGUUAUGCAGAUGUUCCUUCUGCAGGGGGUAAAGGAUAUGACACUGAAUAUCCUGACAGCACUGCUGACUGUACCCCUGGACCCACAGAGGGUACUGGGAAUGGCAUCCAUCACCCUGACUAUCUAGUAUUUGACCCGCAAAAUGAAUCAGCCAUAGAUGGGGAUGUUUCUAAGGAGCAACCGAUGUCUGAGGAGAGCCUGAGAGCGACUUUGAAGAAACAGCUUGAGUUCUGCUUUUCUAGAGAGAACCUCUCGAAGGACCUGUAUCUGAUAUCCCAGAUGGACAGUGAUCAGUUUGUUCCCAUCUGGACCAUUGCUUGCAUAGAGGACAUCAAAGCCCUCACCACUGACAUGGACCUCAUUCUGGAUGUACUGCGAGCCUCUCCCAUGGUGCAAGUGGACGAAACUGGAGAGAAGGUUCGGCCAAACCACAGUCGCUGUAUCAUUAUUCUGAGAGAGGUGCCAGAGACUACACCAGUUGAGGAGGUGGAGGCUCUUUUUAAGAGUGCAAACUGUCCAAAAGUGUUAAGUGCUGAGUUUGCACACAACAGCAAUUGGUACAUAACAUUUCAGUCAGAUAUGGAUGCGCUACAGGCUUACAGAUACCUAAGAGAGGAAGUGAAAAUGUUCCAGGGAAAACCAAUCAUGGCCCGCAUUAAGGCCAUUAACACAUUCUUUGGUAAGAAUGGCUUCCGCAGCGUGGACUCGAGUGUGUACAGUCAGCAUUCCCAGCCACAGGCCCAGUAUGGCUCCUCUGUCUAUAUGCAGCAGAUGUACAGCCCCCAGCAGCAGUACCCUGUUUAUCCUGUGGUGUCUCCCUCCUGGAACCCUUCAGUCAUGCCUUACUUUGAAACGCCACUGGCACCUUUCCCUAAUGGUGGAUUCAUGAAUGGUUACAACACUCAUGGGAACUACAAAGCAAAUUCAAGCUCCAUCAACACCCAUCGACCCAUGAGCAGGAACCGAAACCAUGUGAAGGGUCACCAUAGGCCAGCUGACACGCCCCCUUCUUCUCCUUCUUCUUCUUUGACUCCGGGGGCUCUGAUGGAUGGCCUGUCUGGUCCCUUGAGUCCACAGCCCCUCCAGACAUCAGGGACACUGAGUGGCACCACUUCAGGGCCAGUCUCUCGGCCUUCUUUCAGCCUUAAAGACAUUUCUCUACAUGCCAACAUAUCCAAUGGUGAUCUGAGUGGGAGCGGACGGGGCAGGAGAGGUAGCCACAGAGGCAUGAGGAGGAAAAGAGAAGAUGAGCAUACAACACAUCCUGUCCCUUUGAUGGAGGCCAAGGUACCACCUCAACCCAAGUUUGACCUGGCAACUUCCAAUUUUCCUCCUUUACCGGGAUCCGUGGUCAGUAUUCAGGGAGAAACCACACCAGAGAUGCGCCUCUCUGAUGUUGUACGUGGCCUAAAGGUGACCAACAAGCCUGUGAGCCAAGAAGUUAAUGAGACCCGACGCACAACCGUGUCAGAAGAUCCUGUGAGCAUACCAGAUUCUGUGGCCCCGGCUGCUAAACCUACUCCUGUGACACCACAAACAAUGACACUACCGGUCUCAAGUGGUUCUCCAUCGGUAAAGGAAGAGGAUAAAGCAGAACAUCCAGUUCCAGAAGGAACGGCCUCUUCAUCCACGCCUCCUGUUUCUCCAGCAGCUUCAGAACACACUCCCUCCACCUGCAGCCAGUCUGUUUCAACAGAAGCACCUUCUCCAUCUCCCCCAUCUCCAACAUCAGACCUGGGGCCAAGAAAGCUCAGCUAUGCAGAGGUGUGCCAGAAGCUAGCCAAGGACAAGCCACCAGCACAGGCGCCCUCUCCCUCCCCUCCUGCCUCUUCAGUUACCCAACCCCUGCAAGAGCUCAAGGUCAACAGGGUUGAAGAGCCUUUGCCCAACUCCAGGCGCACAGCAGACAAACCAGAGAAAAAUAGGGACAGCCGGCCACCUCGUCAACCUUUACGCACCUUCAGAGGGGCGAAUGGCCAAGCCAGAGUCGGAGGUACAGGGCAGAAGAUUCGGGAACAUCAGAGAGGCCUGAGCACUGGCAAACAGUUUUCUCCACAGCGGGGCACCAGACGCAGUGGCAAGGAACAGAACAUUCCCCCAAGGUCACCAAAAUAGCUCAAGAAAGCAUUUUAAACAUGAACUAAAACAGAAAUAAAAAAAAUAUAUAUGUAAAUAUAUAAUAUAUGUAAAUAGACAGAUGAAUAUAUUUCACUUGACAAACUCUGUCAAAGAAAAUCGUAACAUUGUUGCAGACCUGAAAUUAUUCGAAAAGAAUAAAUAAAAGAAUAAAAUUCGAAUAGAAUAAUAUGUAGAUAUUCCUUUUAGUGGCCUGUAGUCUGCCAACAGAAUCGCAUACUGUGGAGGUGAUAAAACAUACUUUGUUUGAAGUAACAUCACCACAAACAGGCUAAACCCUGUCUUUGUGUGUAUGUGUGUGUAUGUGUGUGUGUGUGUGUUUGAGAGAAUGAGAGGGCGGAAGAGGGAUCUCGUAUCUUUAAAAUAUAUGGUGUUCUAACAUUCUAACAUUUAGCAAGCUUUGUCAACAUCCAAAAUGACAAUAAGGCACAUGUGAUUUCGUUCUUAGUGAUUAUUGUUUGCAUGUUAUUCAUCAGAUUUGUUUUUGGAUUCAUAUCAAGGAUAUAUGAUGAUUUAUGAAAUGGGAGAUGUUGAAUCCCUGGCAGAGUAAUAGAAACAUAAGGUCUGAAUUUUGAUGAGUAACAGUGUUUGAAGAAAUUCUCAUGAUUGUGGAAUCUUGCUGUACAAGUGAUGCUGAUGAAAUACUAAGUUACAUUGGUUCAAAACAUUGUGUUAUGCAAUGAUUAUAAUCCUUGAAUGUUUUGGCAGUAGUUGUCUUUGUGAAGCAGAUAUUAGAACACUACUAACAUUUGAAAUAAGCAAUGUAGUAUAAUUGGAGUAGAUUUGCUUAUGUAUUUUUCGCUUGAUUGAAUCAGUGAUUUAACUCUUGUGCAAAUCAGUAUGUCUUAUAAAUCAGUUGCUUAGAGUUUUUCGAUGUCAACAAGAGCAGAAAGACUGUCUCCAUGUUUUAAGAGACAUCAAUGAUGCUGGUGUCCGUUUCACAGAGCACCAUUAAUGGGUUAGCCUGCCUGCCAGUUAGCUAGUUCACUCUGAUAACUUAUGGUGCACAGCUAACCUGCUAACCCACAGCUAAAGUUCAGAGAAUCACCCACUAAUCAUGGUAACAUAGGAUAUGGAUAGUUCUGUAUUUUGCAGUUGCAGUAAAGUUUUUUUUAGAGAAGUAUAGUUGAGAUAUAUAUAGAUAUAUAGAUAUAGAUAUCGAAGAAUCAUUGGUGACUUACAUCUGCAUGGGAACUGCUAAAACAUAAUGAUCUGUGGGACCUUUUGUUUUAUCCUCAAUAGAAAUUUGUCACCUCUUGAUUAAAAUAGCUGAUGGUUGAUGCUGUGGCCAGUGUCUCCUGUUAAUUUGGUGACAUUGCCUGCAUUGUAGAUUUUGACACAAGGCUUCAGAUGAAUGUAGUCUGUCAAUGUAAAACCUCAUUUGAGUUUUGUUUUGUAAAUGUCUAGAGUAUUAGCUUGAGUGUAUAUACAGGUCUUUUUUUUUUUUGAUCUACAUUGUUGAUGUUCUGGUUUUCCUGCUGUAGAAGCUUUCUUUUAAGUUUCAUUUUUCAUCCCAUUUUAAUAUUUUACUUUUCAUGGUAUUCAGUGUUUCUGUAAUAUUUGUGAAUUGUGUAGACUGAUCUGAGAAAAAAAAAAAACUUGGGUUAUUGACAACUGAGCUGAAUGCUGAUCAGGGCUUAUGGCUCAACGAUCAGCAGUGUGUGUGAAUUGAAAGCACUGUUAGUUGAUCUCAAGACUUUUGAUAAUUACAACAUUAAGAAAGGUGUUGCACAGAAAUGAUGAACUUGUGCUUCAGUGUGUUUUCAUUUCAUCUGAAUAGUGUGUGGUGUUGCAAAUGAAAAUGAACAAUGAGUGAAGGAAAGAAUUACAGAUUUUCAGGUUGAGGGAAAUUAAAAAAGAAAUGCCUUAGUGUAUUGAGCCCUCCUCUUCUAGGGAAUUUACUGUGGUGUACAGAAUUUUAUGUUUUGUUUUGUUUUUGUAAUCAGUAGUUCAGCUGUCUCCUGUAUACAUGUAUUUGUCUGUAUCUGACAGUGUAAACUUGGGUGCGAGAGGGAGGGGGAGACUGCUUCUGCUUCAGACCACAUGGAACUAUUAUCUCAAACCAAACCUCCAGUGCCUUAACAGUGUUUCAUUUCAGUAUAGAGUGCAAGAAUUUUGAGCACAUCGGUUACACUGAUCAAGGCUGGUUAGUUGGUUGUCAAAGUCAACAUGGUCAGGAGACACUUGGAGACACUAUAUCCUGUCCAAUAUAAAUCUCAGAUUUCCUGCAGCUGGUUGGAGUGGAGCUUAAUGUGUAUGUGCAUGCUUGUCAAUUGUUAGGUGUGUAUGAUAGUUUAUUUUGUUAGCUUGUCAAUGCAGUGUCAGUCUUGUAUCAGAAUCCUGCUUAUAGCUCUCACAAUCAAACAUGGCAUUGCAAAGUUUCAGCCAAGUACACACUGGUUUAUCAAGUGAAUAUUUUAUUACUGAGCCCGAUGUAUGAAAAUAAAGAUUUAUUUUUAAAGUCU